AUGGCGGCUCAGCAGCAAUGUCGAGACAAAAUCGCAUCUGUUCAUCCAAAAACUCCAGAAAAGUUGACUGUUUCUGGGAACAGCUCUACAAGCAUCCAUCUGGUUUGGUUUAUAAAUGGCAGCUUUGCUGAGAUCAGGCUUCUGUGUCAAAUUGAAAUUAGCAGUGGUCACUCAGCAAAAACUCACAAUGUCUCCAUGCCUGGUGGAAAAUUCUCAGCUUAUAUAGCUCAGCUGAAAACAUUGCACCCAUGUACCAAAUACCAGUUCAGGGUGUGCUGUUCAGCUGCUGACCACUUCUGGAGAUGGAGUGACUGGAGCAGGAUAGAGGAGCACACAACACUGGAAGCCCCUCCUGCAAGAGGACCAGAUAUCUGGAGAGAGAGAAGUCCUUCUGGAAAAAGUCUAAAAAUCUUCUGGAAGCCCUUAUCCCUUUCUGAAGCCAAUGGAAAAAUAGUGUCUCACAAAGUGUCCUGUUACCUGCUAGAGACACCACUGGAGUAUAAAGAAGUCACUGAACCCUCAAACAGUACUGUGAUCAAGCUUGGAAAAAAUGACUGUAUAAUUACUGUUAUAGCCAAAACCCAUGCAGGUUUGUCUCCUUCUUCAAGGAUAACGAGCGUGGAACUUCCAAGUGACAAUGUCAAAACAGAUUGGGCUGUGGCAAUGGGGAAUGGAAUUUAUAUUUCUUGGAAUUCUUACCCCAACAUGACCUGUGGCUACAUAGUAAAAUGGUGUCAUUCAUCUGGGUCUGAACCCUAUAGUGUGGACUGGCAGAAAUUUCCUUCAAAUACAAUAGAUACAGUGAUAAAGUCUGCUCUGUUUAGACCUGGCGUGCGAUACAACUUUUCACUAUAUGGCUGCGAAUCCAGUGGAUAUCAGUUAUUGAAAAGCAUAAUUGGGCAUAUGAAAGAGCUGCCUCCAAAACAUGCACCAAAUUUUACUGUAGAAGAAACUUCUUCAGCUUCUAUAUUGGUAAAAUGGGAAGACAUUCCUAUUGAAGAUUGUCAGGGUUUUUUAGAGGAAUAUCGGCUUUCCUUUACAAAAGGUGAAAAAGAUGUUUUAAAGCCUAGACUUUCAGAAUCAGGGAAUCCAGAACUUAAAGUUAAGAAUAUCACUGACUUAACAAAAAAUUCUUUGAAAAUACAUGAUCUUCAGGGCAGAACAAAUUACCAACUGGACCUACAAGCCUAUACUGCUGGUGGGUUGAGCUCUCCAAACAGCCUCUAUGUGGUGACAAUGGAGGACUCUGUAGGAUUAAUCAUUGCAAUUCUCAUCCCCGUGGCAGUGGUUGUGCUGUAUGGAGUGGUGGCCAGCAUCUUUUGCUACCGAAAGAGGGAAUGGAUAAAAGAAACAUUUUAUCCAGAGAUCCCGAAUCUUGAGAACAGUAAGGCACUGCAUUUUCAGAAGAACAUCUGUGAGGGGAAUAAGACACUUAAAACACUGGAAAUGAACCCCUGUACCCCCAAUAGUGUUGAAGUGGUGGAAACAUGGUCCGCAGCUCCCAAAAUUGAACACACAGAAAUGAUGUCCCCGGCAGUGCCUGAAGAUGUCUCUGACUCAGAAAUAGAGAACCAUGUGGUUGUGUCCUACUGCCCCCCUAUCAUUGAAGAGGAGAUCUCAAAUCCCUCUAUGGAUGAACCUGUGGGGUCAUCUCAGGUGGUUUACAUAGACAUCCAGUCAAUGUAUCAACCUCAAAUUAAACCAGAGGAGGAGCCAGAAAUAGACUUAGUGACUAUAGCAGGCUAUAAGCCAUAAAUGCAGCUGCCUAUCAGUGCUCUGAAAAGAGAGAGUCGCUCACCUGCAGAGGAAGAAUUGGAUAAAACUGCAGGUUACAGACCUCAAGCAAACACAAAUGCCUGGAACGUGGACACUCCAGCAGUUGAAAGCAACAAUGAAAAUGCAUCUAUUGGGAGCCCAUGCUCCAUUAAUUCCCGACAGUUUCUGCUUCCCCAAAAAAAUGAUGAAGACUCUCCCAAACCCAGUAACAUAGGGUGGUCCUUUACACACUUUUUUUCAGAACAAAACU